AUGCAGCCAAACAAUGCGGCAAGCGACCUUAAGCCCAAAGGUGAUGCAGCGGCGAAAGUCAAGCCAUGUUGCGUUUGCAAAGAUGAAAAGAACGCCCGCGACGAAUGUAUGCUCUUCUCAACCUCGCGCGAUCCUCAAGAGGCAUGCCGCGACCUCGUGAGCAAGUACCGGACGUGUAUGGCGAGUUAUGGGUUCAGUCUCCCAUAA